GUUAAAGUGGUGUCGAACUGCAUUACGUCUAUAGUGUAGAUUCAACUGAAGUCAGCUAAGAAGGCAGGAGGAAGCCAUGCUCUCCUCCAAAUAUUUAAUAGCCCUUGAUAAUACGUUAUUGAGUGAUAUUGACUUUGCCAGGGCUAUUAAGGCAACCCUUUGUCCAAACUGCAACAUUAGAAGCAUAAAAUGAAUUUAAUUGAGUGAUUCAUGGUUAUAUAACCCAAACCUCCGAAGUUUAUGACUGUUUCUCUUACAGCCACCUUUCCUGGAGAGGAAACUGAUAGAAAGAAAACUCUGGAUGCAUCCACACUAGAAUUAAUGCAGUUUGACACCACUUUUGCCACACUGGCUCAGUGCUAUGGGGCCGUGGGAGUUGUCAUUUUCCAAGGUCUUCUGCCUUCUCUACAAAGAGUGCUGAUGCUUCAACAGUAUCUUCCAGGUUAGCACUGACCAUGGCAGCAAAAGUGAAGUCAAACUGCAUUUAUUCUCAAGUGUAGAUGCACCCACCAUUGGAUUUGUUCUUUAGGGGCUCAGCUCUGCCUUUGCCUGUGAGCGAUAGCAGAACAUUGGUGAAAGUGCUGGAAUGCUUCUCCGCUGUAGACCAUCUGCUGCAUCACUGACCACAAAUAAAGCUUACCUUACAGUGAUAAUGUGCCUCCAUGUUCAGGACUGAAUGGAGUCUUGGUGAGGCCUGGAACUGAGCCCAGUUUCAGAACAGAGCUCUGUAUGUGGGUAGAUGGGUGGGGGUUAUGUUUGGAUCAGAAAGAUGGAAUAAAUGUGAGUAGGAGGUAUUUUUCAGAUGUCGCUUCAAAUUAAGGAAGGCAGAUUGAAUUCGGGGUGCAUCUAUAUUGCAAAAUUAAUGCAGUUUGGGGAGGCUGUAGUCUGGGGAGGCACCAGCACUCUUUAGCAGAGAAGGCCAAAGAUGUUGUAAAACUUCGACUCAAUUCCAUCACAUUGAGCCAUGCCAGUUAAAGUGGUGUCAAACUGCAUUAAUUCUACCAUUUAGAUCAGUCAGUCAGUCUGUGAUAAGGUCCAUUCCUAGGCAUGGAUGGGCAGACUGGCACAUCUCAGUUUAAAUUAGGGCUGAUGAAUAAAGUGCAUGGGUCAGAUAAGUAGGGCAAAAUAAGAUGGGGAAAAUAAACUUAGGGCGGAAAACAACAGUAAAGUGCCAGGACAGAUUUCAAAUCUUAAUAGGAGCCAGGUUGUUAGGGGAUUGUCUGAUCAAAUGCACAUCGGAACAUCCAUUUUUUAGAUCUUUACGGAAGAUAGAGCAGGUGGGUGCUAGCCUAAUCUCCCCAUGAAGGGAAUUCCAGAGUCGGGGAGCCACCACAGAGAAGGCCCCCUCCUGCGUCCUCACCAGCCUUGCUUGUGAUGGGGAGGAAGCAAGAGAAGAGCCUCCCCAGGAGAUCUUAGAGAUCACACAGGUUCAUAGGGGAAGACGCGGUCACGAAGAUAGGCUGGUCCCGAACCAUUUAGGGCUUUCUAGGUGUUAACCUGCACCUUGAAUUGGGACCAGAAACUUAUCGGCAGCCAGUGGAGCUGUAACUGGCUCCUGUUCAAAGCCUGGCUGCUGAUCUUUGAACCAGUUGUAGUUUCCGAGCCGUCUUCAAAGGCAGCCCCAUGUAGAGUACAUUACAGUAGUCCAGUCUGGAGGUAACUAAAGCAUGGGCCACCUUGGUCAAGUCAGACUUCUUGAGGUACGGUCACAGCUGGUGCACAAGCUUUAAUUGUGCAAAGGCCCUCCCAGCCACUGCCAUCACCUGAGCCUCAAGCGUCAGUGCUGAAUCUAGGAGGACCCCCAGACUGCGGACCUGUGUCUUCAAGGGAGUGUAACCACACUGAGCACAGGUUGCCACAGCAGACACAAGCAGACACAAACGUAAUAGAAGCCGAGUGAGAAGCUAUGGCAAUGGCAGCCUUGAGAUCUUUCAGGAGCGUAAUUGAAUAUAGGGGAGUGAUGUGAUGUGGUUGCCUUUCCUCCUCCCUUUCUGUUUACAGAGAUGGAGCGAGAAUAAAGCCAUAAGCCCAUUUAACCCUUUUGUUCUGGCCCAAGCGAUGAGGCAGGCGGGGAGGGGAUCUUAAGGGGAUGGAGAGUGCACCAGGCCUGAUCCAUUAUUCAUGACCGGAUGCCUGCAGUUUUCUCGAUAAUUCAUAUACACAGAGACGCUCUUGGGCACCUGGUUAACACGGCACGAAGCCAAGAAAACAUCUCCGCCGUGGUGAAAAACUCCAUCUCUUCUCCCACUGAUGGGUUUCCACUUUCCUUCCAAGUCCUAUUGGUUGUCUGUCUUGCCGGUUUUUAAUAUUCAUUAUUUUCCCCCUUCUUAUAUCCUAAUAUCCCAGUUUGGGGUUGCCAUUUCCAAUCUGUUUCAGAUCUCACCCGCUGCCCCUUUCCCUGACCAGUGUGAGGCAUUUGGCUUUCUGGCUCUCUCAUAAUCCAUUAGUUCCAUUUUCUCUCCUGAAUAAUUCAUCCCUCCCCUUUGGAAAUCUCUUUAAACAUGUCUUCCUUUUUGGGUACAUCGUGUCCUUGGCACCUGGAAGGGGGUGAGGUGUCCUUUUGCUCAGUGUUAAUAAAAGCUCCAGGUUUCUGGACACAAAGACUUUCCCAUUUGCUUAGGUCUCGCCAUCUGGCCUUGGUUGCUAAUCCCUAGGAGAGCUCUUCCUUGGAGCAGCAUCUGGAAGGGCCAGGAGAUUUGAAGGAGCAGCUACUCUAAUAAUUAUGGUAAUAUCUGAGUCACCUUUGCCUGGACCACAUUGAAUAUGAAGCUAGCAAGCCAGUGAGCUGGGGAGCUAUCCAAAAAGGAGUGCAAGGGGUAAACAGCCUCUUUCCUGAGAGAGACAAGAGAGGAAAUAUCUAGGAUGCAUUGACGUGGAAGUAUUGCAAUCGCCAAAUGAGAAGAGGAGGAAGACUCCAUGGAGAUAGUCCUCCUGUAUAGAGAAUGUCUGCAUUUCUAUUAUUAUAAGUCAGUCGAGUAGAGUGAAAGGAAAUGAGACAAGCAGAUAGGAGACCUCACUGACCAAGUACUAGAAGGCAGGAGAGCGGAAAAGAUAAACGGAGGCCACCCCGUUGGAUCAAUACAGCCAGACAACAGCACGGAUGGAAUAGUAAUAAAAGACACCGUGUUUCCAAAAGGCACAGCGACAGAAUGAAAAAAUAAGACAGAAGGGAGGGGAAUCGCCAAAAGGAAAAAAAGACAACGGAGACGUAGAGCAAAAGCUCAGCUUGGCUGGAUCGGCUGAUGGAAACCAACACGUUCACUAAGCUGGUGAAGGGACAGCAAGAACAAAAGUGAUCCACAGACGAACUCAAAAUCCUGCAGACCAUUUGAAGGGUGGUGCAGACAGAACCAUCGGCAGCAAUGGUGUGACGAGAGAGACUACCAGACAUCCAAAGACUGAGAAGCAGAAGGGGAUUGCCAAGGUGGAGCAUCCUUUUCCUCCCCAAAUGGAACCAUAGGACUCUUCAUCCCAGGCAGAAGGAGCAGCUCUGACUGGCAGACAGAAAAAUAACUCUUCACUUGAUUCUUUCGGCUGCAGGGUCAGAAGGUGAAUCUUGCCCUGCUUGGACUGUGUCAAAAUAGCCAAGAGCUACUAAGGACACCAGCUUCUCCAUGGCCUGUGCCCCACCAUCACCUCUCACCCCUGGCAAUAUCCCCCGCAACCUCAGCUACAUCGCAGGCCUCUAUGAGCGUGCCUACUACCGCACCGCCCGCCCAAGCCUGGCCGAGGACUCGGGCACCGAAGGCUCUGAAUCGGAGUCGGAGGGCAGGCCCCGGAGCCGGCCACGCAGGCGCCGGCACCUCUUUGGGGGCCCCAAGAGGAGGGGAAGGCGCCGGACCCGCUCGGCCCCAGCCCGGGGCAGGAGCAGGGGGCCCUCACGAAGCCGCAGCCCAGGGACACGCAAGAGGGUCCGCUUCGCCGACUCCCUGGGCCUCGAGUUGACCAGCGUCCGGCAGUUCUGGCCCAACGAUCUUCCACAAGUGCCGGAGCGUGUCCACACCCAGCUGAGGCGGGAUUCACUCAGCCAUUUCGCCCCUUGCCUGCCUUUUUGCCCACCAGUAAAGGAUCCUUUGAGCCUUCAGUGCCUGCUAGAACCCACCUUCCUGGAUCCCCUAAGCAUGCCGGAUUUCUCCCAACGCCUCCUGGCCCAAUGUGUGUUGCUGGAAGGAGCCCGUGCCGAGGGAUCCUGUGUAUCCGGCACCAUCCGGGUGCUCAACUUGGCCUAUGAGAAACGGGUCUCCGUCCGUUACACAUGGGACUACUGGGCCACCAAGCAUGAUGCCCGGGCCUCCUACGCCGCCCCUGCGGGACGGGGCCGAGACCAUGCCGACCGCUUUGCCUUCCGUUUGCUGCUGCCCGUCCCGCUCCCUCCAGGGGUCUUUCUGGAGUUUGCCCUGUGCUACCUGGUGGGUGGGAAGGAGUUUUGGGACAACAACGAAGGUCGAAACUAUUCCUUCCGUCCCCCACCUUGUGUGGAUGAGGAAGAGGAGCCUCCCAGUCCCACUCAGGAUUGCUGUGAGACGGGAUGGAUACACUUCCUCUAAGAAGGAAGGAGUGAUGUCCAUCCACAAAAACACUAAGAUGGAGGAGGAAGCCGGGGGAAGGGGGAAGGGACAAGGGAAGGGGGAAGUUUCCAAAAACUCAAGAAUUAAGAUGGUGUGAUAGCUCUCCUAUCCACAGCUUGAACCCUUGGCUUCUAUUGGUCACCUUAGGCACAUCUACAAUGCAGAAUAAAUGUGGCUUGACCCCUUUUGAUUGCCAUGGCUCAAUGCUAUCAAAUCAUGGGAACUGUCAUUUUACAAGGUCUUUAGCCUUCUCUGCAAAAUGACAUGAGCACCUCACUAAGCUAUAACUUCUGUGCUUCCAUAGCAUUGAGGCAUGCCAGUUAGAGUGGUGUCAAACUGCAUUAUUUCUACAGUGUAGACACACCCCUUGUCAUUUUAGCCUUAAGAUCUCUUCCCAGGAACUGACCAGACAAGCAAGAUCCACUCUGAUAAAGUAUGAUGGCAUCAUUGCUGAUCAAUACAUCAAAUUACCAGGAAACAAAAUAGUGAAGAUUGAUGGUCUGACAAAUAAAACAGGCAUCUAGCCUUAUGUUUGUUAAACACACAGGACACUUGAAACACUUGUUUCAAACAAAGGAUACAUUUAGUUUGGAACUGAUGCAUUCCAUCAAUUCAUUGAUGCAUUGGGUUAUUGUGUGUUUUCCAGGCUAUAUGGCCAUGUUCCAGAAGUAUUCUCUCCUGACAUUUCGCCCACAUCUAUGGCAGGCAUCCUCAGAGGUUGUGAGAUAUACCUCACAACCUCUGAAAAUGCCUGCCAUAGAUGUGGGCGAAAUGUCAGGAGAGAAUACUUCUAUGGCAGGCAUCCUCAGAGGUUGUGAGAUAUACCUCACAACCUCUGAAAAUGCCUGCCAUAGAUGUGGGCGAAAUGUCAGGAGAGAAUACUUCUGGAACGUGGUCAUACAGCCCGGAAAACACACAAGCCUGUGAUUCUGGCCAUGAAAGCCUUCGACAACACAUUGAUGCAUUAGUUAUGGAACUGAUGCAGCUGACACCACUUGUUAAGUGCCAUGGCUCAAUGCUUUGGAAUCAAGAGAGUUGUAGCUUUACAAAUAGUUUUGCCUGGUACAUCUACAAAUCUCAGGAUUCCAUGGCAUUGAGCCACAGAAGUUAAAGUGGAAUCAAACUAAAUUACUUCUACAGUGUAGAUGCAUCCCAUUGUUUGCCAGUGAAAUGGCAACAGGAAAUGGGCAUCUAAGUCUCCUGUGGGAGGGAGUUCCAUUGGGAGCAGCCACUAAAAAGACCCUCUUGUGCUCACAAAAUAUUUGGCAGGGAUAAGUGUUCUAUAGCUAUCCUGGAUCCAAAGGCCCUUCCAGAAAGGCCCUAUAUGCCAGGAUCUGCUCCCAGGUUUUCUGUUUAUCCCAGGUUAUCUGGCAGUGUGCGGACUCAUAUAAUCCAGUUUAAAGUAGAAAACCUGGAAUCAGAUCCUGGGAUAUAGGGCCUGUUUGGAAGGGUCCCAAGUCCCUGUGGUAUCUCAUUUGUGCCUUAAUGUGAAAUGGAGUAAGCUAAAUGGAUAA